UGUUUAAACUUAUCCAGUUUUUCAUUUUUGUUACUGUUUUAGAUUGCAUUUUUACAUGAACUUUCUACUUUGAGUUGAUUCUUCAGAUGCCUGAACAAGGGACUUGGGUUGGUUCUUGUUCAUUGAGUCUCUUAAUUUACUCUACAACACAAAUGGGGUUGUAAAUUUCAUAGACAAGAAACCCUUUUUGAGGGUAAGCUCUUGCAGAAAAGAUGAAUUUCAGAUUGUUCAGGUUCCAACGGUGGAUUUCAGUUCUGUUGUAAGCAACUUUUAAGGUACACAGUCUUUCAUUUUUCACUCUUAUCAAUGAAGUUGUAGAACUCCGACCAAAGUCUUUCACACAUUGAAGAUGUUGGAUGUCAUGUCUUUCCAAAGCUUGAGUUGUCUGUCACAGACAUUAGGCUUUGUAAGUACACCUAGAAACCUGUCUAAGGCACGGUCUUGUCAAGUUCAAGCUGUACCUUCAUCAUCAAUUGUUUUAAAUGAAAGUGAAAGUGGCAAAUUUUCUGAGGGUAAGAAGCUUUAUGGAUCUGCUAAUCCUUUGGUUAGUCAGGCAAGUAGCGUGGGUAUAAUUGGAGGGGUAUCUGUUAAUGCUACUCUGAAAUUUUUAAGGAAACUUGUGGGGUUGAGUUCUGAAGAUGGAGGAAAUACCCCUCCUUUUGUACUUUGUUCUGAUCCUAUGUUAAGUAGGGAGAUUUUAUCCUAUGAAAGAAGUUAUCUUGUUUCUAGCACAAGUAGAGCAGAAAUUUCGGAAAUGGAUUCUUCAUCAAUUGUGCAGAAUCUUAUAAAUAAAAGGGUUUUUCUUGAGUGUUCUGGGGCUGGUUGCAUUGUGAUGCCUUGUCACGUAUCACAUUCUUGGUAUGAAGAAGUAUCCAAGGGAUGUUCCGUUCCUUUUCUUCACAUGGCAGAGUGUGUUGCCAGGGAACUCAAGGAAGCUAAGUUAAAGCCACUUGAAGCUGGUAAUCCUUUGCGAAUUGGAGUGCUUGCAACUAGUGCAACUCUAGCAGCUGGGUUUUAUCAGGAGAAACUUCAGAAUGAAGGGUUUGAGGUUGUGCUGCCAGAUAGAGCAACUAUGGAGCAUACAGUGAUACCUGCAAUUGAAGCUUUGAACAGAAAGGACAUGGAAGGGGCAUGCAAUCUAUUGAGAAUUGCGCUUCAAGUUCUUUUGGUGAGGGCAGUUAACUCUGUUAUUAUUGCUUCUGAUGAUAUGCGUGAUCUCUUGCCCAAAGAUGAUCCUCUUCUCAAAAGAUGUAUUGAUCCAGUGGACGCCUUAACCCGGUCAACUAUCAAAUGGGCUAGAUCCUCUGGAGUUCAUAUUUAGUAAUAUAAUGUGAGUAUUAUGGUUCUUGUGUCAAUUAGCUGCUUUUGUAAUCUCAUUGAUAUCGUUUAUCUUAUUAAUGCAAACUUUUGUAUUCAUUAAUGUAAUCCAUUUCCUUCAUUUAUCAUUGCAAAUGUUACUUAUUUUUUCUUCAAAUAAAAGAAACAAUGAACCACCUUGUGCCAACUCACACUUUUAGAACCUUUCAUAACCACCUAUAUAUAUAACACAUUUGGCCAUUUUUCAUCCUCUUGCAUACACUACUCACAUCACCUCUUUC